AUGGGUCAACCUAGGAGGCAUUUUGCGCCAUGGCUGACACUGGCAUGUGCCGUGUCGACUGCCAUGGCCGCGAAGAAGCCAUUCAGCAUUCACGAUGACCUCCUGGCCUAUCCACAGUACCGGGUCGUUUUCCCUGACGAAUUCAUCCUCAACGCCCAAGCCGAAAAGCUACUCGAGUCGCAAACGAGAACCACCGACGAUGCCUCCACCCACGAGCAGAAAGACCCUCAAGUAUACAUGGAUAAGACCCGCGCAGAAGAAGCUACUGGUGGUGAAAAGGGUGGCAAGAGCCCAACUUAUGCCUAUGAAGAAAUGAUCAUGGACGACCGGAGACUCCUGUGCCAGAUCCCCCAUGUCAGCAGUAACGACAUGAACACAACAGCGAGCAAUCAAGCCAACGAGGCAGACCAACAAAAGGAACUGGCACGCGCGACAGACCGAGGACUCGAGCUGCUGCGCGAGAUGGAGGGGAAAUGCAUGUACUACUUCUCGGGCUGGUGGUCCUAUUCGUUCUGCUACCAGAAACAAAUUAAGCAGUUUCACGCGCUGCCGGCCGGCCGCGGGAUCCCUCAGUAUCCGCCGAUGGAGGACCCAACAACGCAGUCUUUUAUUCUGGGGCAAUUCCCGGAUAAUACGAAGGAUACCGAGAAAAGGGAUCAGAAGCAGAAGCAGGCCGGACAGACGGAUGUGGCUGAGCUACACACGAAAGGUGGUUCGCGCUAUCUUGUGCAACAUCUGCGGGGUGGGACUACAUGUGACCUGACGGGUCGCGAUCGCAGGGUCGAAGUCCAGUUCCACUGCCAUCCACAAUCAACUGACCAGAUUGGCUGGAUCAAGGAAUUGACUACCUGCUCCUACUUAAUGGUCAUCUACACCCCCCGUCUCUGCGACGACGUUGCCUUCUUGCCGCCCCAGCAGGACGAGGUCCACGACAUUGAAUGCCGGGAGAUUCUAGAGCCCGAGGAUGUUCCGGAAUGGAAGGCUUUGAAUGAGUGGUAUCAAGCCAACCAAUUAGUCGAUGCUGCUACCACUCACUCUGGGGAGCCGGUCCAGAUUGUUGGCGGGAUCGAGGUCGGCGCCCGCGUGCUUGUGGGAACGGAAGGCAAGGUCAUGGAGAAGGGACGAGUCGCUUCGGCCGGUGAAGAGCGCGUGGAGGUGGUUGCCAAGCGCGAAAAUGGCGAAGUACGACGAAUCAAACAGGUGGCGAAGAAGUACGAUAUCGAUGGGGAUAAAAUCGAGGAGAUGAGGAAGAAACUAGAAGAUAUCGCCGAGGGAAAAGACUGGACCCUUGAAGUCGUCGUGGAGAACAAUGGGGUGAUAAAAUUCCAGGGCGUGGUUGUGGAUGACGAGAGCGAAUCCGAUACGCCUGCUCAGCCCCAGCAUGAGGAUCAAAAGCCGCUUCGCGCAGAAGAUACCCGACUGACGGAGUCUGCCGGGUCAGAUCAAGAACCAGACGAAGACUCGACUAAAUCGCGGUCCGCUGAUACCCAGGAAUCAGAAGAGUCAGAAGGCAGCGAGGAAAUCUUCAAAGAUGAACUCUGA